CGACUGUGGCCUGCCACCCUUCCUUCCCUCCGCGAGCCUCGCCGCCUGUACUUCCGCGGCACCAUGAGCACUGUGGUGGCCCAGGCCCAGCACGUCUUCGGGCUCCGGGCCCGAGUCGCCAACAACCUCUGCUUCUUCGACGAGCAGAUCAUCAUUUUUCCGUGUGGGAACCACUGCGUGAAGUACAAUGUGGACCAGAAGUGGCAGAAGUUCAUCCCAGGUUCAGAGAAGAGUCAGGGCAUGCUCGCUCUGGCCAUCAGUCCCAAUCGGCGCUACCUGGCCAUUUCAGAGACUGUGCAGGACAGAGCCACCAUCACCAUUUAUGAGCUGUCUUCAGUUCCUUGCAGGAAGCGAAAAGUCCUCAGCAACUUUGACUUCGCAGUUCAGAAAUUCAUUAGCUUGGCCUUCUCUCCAGAUUCCAAGUAUCUUGUGGCCCAGACAGGACCUCCUGAGUCCAACCUAAUCUACUGGAUGUGGGAGAAGCAGAAAGUGAUGGCAAUUAUUAGAACUGAUUCCCAGAACAACUCAAUCUACCAGGUGAGCUUCAGUCCCCAAGAUAACACUCAGGUUUGUGUCACUGGAAAUGGCAUCUUUAAACUUUUCCGUUACGCCGAGGGAGCAUUGAAGCAAACCAGUUUCCAGCGGGGAGAGCCCCAGAACUACCUGUGCCACGCCUGGCUCUCUGAAGACCGGAUUAUCGUGGGCACUGACAUGGGCAAGCUCUAUUUGUUUGAGUCUGGAGAUCCGCGCUGGGAAACGAGCAUCGUGUGCAAGGAGAGCGCCAGUGACACCUCCAGGAAACUGGAGGUGAUCCAGGAUUCAGAGAGCCUCAUUGAAUUCCCAGCCCCAAGCUCUCCUGACCUGUCUAGCGAGCAGCUCUUUGUGGAAAAGAGGGAGAGCCAGAACGUAAUGCCCCAGGUGUCUGCCAUCGCCUCCUACUCGAAGGGUUUUGCAUGUUCAGCAGGACUGGGCAGAGUCCUGCUCUAUGAGAAGAUGGAGGAAAAGGAUGCCUAUCGGGAGAGUCGGGAGAUCCGGAUUCCCCUGGACCAGCACAGCAAUGACCCGAGCCAGUCCGACAAGCAGGAGAUCCUCUGUAUGUGCUUCAGCCCUUCAGAGGAGACACUGAUCGUCAGCACCGACAAAAACCAGCUGUACGGCAUCACCAUGUCCCUGACGGAGAUCAGCAAGGGGGAGCCUGCCCACUUUGAGUUUCUCAUGUUCCCGCUGCACUCUGCGCCCAUCACGGUGGCUACCUGCAUCCGCAAGCCCCUUGUUGCUACAUGUUCCCUGGACCGAUCGGUGCGCGUCUGGAACUAUGAGACCAACAAUCUGGAGCUGUACAAGGAGUACCAGGAGGAGGCCUCCACAGUCUCUCUUCACCCCUCUGGGCAUUUUGCUGUGGUCGGUUUUGCUGACAAGCUGCGCAUCAUGAACCUGCUCAUCAACGACAUCCGAGCAUUCAAGGAGUUCCCCAUCCGGGGGUGCCGAGAGUGCGCCUUUAGUAAUGGAGGUCACCUGUUUGCCGCUGUCAAUGGGAACGUGAUCCACAUCUAUACCUCGACCAGCCUGGAGAACAUCACUAACCUGAAGGGACACACAGGGAAGAUCAAGUCAGUUGCGUGGAAUUUGGAUGACAGCAAGCUGCUUUCCUGUGGCACGGAAGGUGCUGUAUAUGAGUGGAACCUCUCCUCGGGGAAGAGGGAGACUGAGUGCGUGCUCAAAUCCUGCAGCUACCACUGUGUGGGUGUCUCUCCUGACUCUAAAAUCAUUCUUGCUGUUGGAUCUGACCAGACCCUCAAGGAGAUUGCAGACUCUUCAGUGCUUCGGGAAGUGUCUGCCUUCGAUGUCACCUACACAGCCCUAGUCAUCUCCCACUCGGGGCGUAUGGUGUUUGUUGGCACCUCGAUGGGCACCAUCCGAUCCAUGAAGUAUCCCCUGCCCUUGCACAAGGAGUUCAAUGAGUACCAGGCACAUGCUGGGCCUGUCACAAAGAUGGCCAUUACAUUCGAUGACCAGUUCCUGCUGACCAGCGCUGAGGAUGGCUGCCUCAUCACCUGGAAGGUCUAUGAUAAGGACGGCCGGGGUGUCAAGAGGGAGCGGGAAGUGGGCUAUGCCGAGGAGGUGCUGGUCACUAAGACGGACAUGGAAGAGAAGGCCCAGAUCAUGCUGGAGCUGAAGACGCGAGUGGAAGAGCUGAAGAUGGAGAAUGAGUACCAGCUGCGGCUGAAGGACAUGAACUACACUGAGAAGAUCAAGGACCUAACGGACAAGUUCAUCCAGGAGAUGGAGUCUCUGAAGACCAAGAACCAGGUUCUGAGAAUAGAAAAGGAGAAGCAAGAGGUCUCACACAACAACUACGUGGAGGACCUCUUGGAGAAGCAGAACCAAGAACUACAGGACAUCGAGUGCUGUAACAAUCAGAAGCUGCUGCUGGAAUAUGAGAAGUACCAGGAGCUGCAGCUCAAGUCACAGCGGAUGCAAGAGGAGUAUGAGAAACAGCUGCGGGACAAUGAAGAGACCAAGAGCCAGGCCCUGGAGGAGCUGACUGAGUACUAUGAGGCCAAGCUCCACGAGAAGACCAGCCUGCUGGAGGAGGCCCAGGAUGACUCGCGGCAGCAGCUGCGAGAGUUUGAAGAGACGAAGAAGCAGAUUGAGGAAGAUGAAGACCGUGAGAUCCAGGACAUCAAAACCAAAUAUGAAAAGAAGCUCCGGGACGAAAAGGAGGCCAACCUGCGCCUCAGAGGAGAGACUGGCAUCAUGCGGAAGAAGUUCAGCAGCCUGCAGAAGGAGAUCGAGGAGCGGAACACAGACAUUGAGGCCCUGAAGGGGGAGCAAGUGAAACUCCAGGGGGUCAUCAAGGCCCUGGAGAAAGACAUCCAGGGCCUGAAGCAGGAGAUCCAGGAGAGAGAUGAAACAAUCCAGGACAAGGAGAAGAGAAUCUAUGAUCUGAAGAAGAAGAACCAGGAGCUGGAGAAGGUCAAGUUUGUACUGGACUACAAAAUCAAGGAGCUGAAGAAGCAGAUCGAGCCUCGGGAGAAUGAGAUCAAGGCCAUGAAGGAGCAGAUCCAAGAGAUGGAGGCAGAGCUAGAGCGUUUCCAUAAACAGAACACACAACUGGAACUGAACAUCACAGAGCUGUGGCAGAAGCUCAGAGCCACGGACCAGGAGAUGCGCCAAGAGCGGCAAAAGGAGCGGGACAUGGAGGUGCUGGUCAAGCGCUUCAAGAUCGAUCUUCACAACUGCGUAGGCUAUAUCCAGGAGCCUCGGCAUCUGAAGGAGAAGAUCCGCCUUCUCUUUGACAAGUACGUCCAGCAGGCGGACAUGGUGGAGAUCGUGGGCGUGGACACAGAUCUGCAGCAGGAGUACAUCCGGCAGAGGGAGCACCUGGAGAGGAACCUGGCCACGCUGAAGAAGAAGGUGCUCAAGGAGAAUGAGCUGCACCGCUCGGACAACCUGCGCAUCAUGCAGGAAAAUGUGAGCUUGAUCAAAGAGAUUAACGAGCUGCGAAGGGAGCUGAAGAUAACACGCACACAGGUGCACGACCUCGAGUCAGCUUUGAGGCUGACCAAGAAACUCCGACACGUGGAGGUCCCCGAGGCAGCACCCAACCUGGAGAAGCCCACCACUGUUGGGAUUUUGAGGCUGAAUGAGAAAGAAGAAACCGAGCGGAUCAUAGAAAUGCAGCGGCUGGAGAUUCGGCGCCUGCGGGAGUACAUCCAAGAGCAGGAGCAGAUUCCAGGGCUCUACCCCAUAGGGAGGCUCCCCUCCCUGGACAAUGACCGGAGCCUGGAGAACCUGAGCGACUGAGCCUCCUGCCCAGGAGGCCACGCCCAAGCUGGCUGCCUGGGGCCCGGGAGAAGGAGGCCUUUGUCCUCUCUGGCCCUGCUCCAUCCCUGCCCUGUUUCCUGAGCCCUGGGGGGAGCUCGAGGGGAGGAAUAAAGAAAGGGGCCUGCA